AUGAGCAACGGAAAGCACCUUGCGAAAGGCUCUACACCACCAGAGCUACCGAACGAUGGUAAACUGCGCUUGUACUCGAUGCGAUUCUGUCCCUAUGCUCAGCGCGUACACUUAAUGUUGGACGCCAAGAAGAUCCCGUACCAUGCGAUCUACAUUAAUUUGUCCGAAAAGCCCGAAUGGUACUUAGAGAAGAAUCCACUCGGAAAGGUACCGGCACUGGAGGUACCUGGAAAGGAAGGCGUAACCCUCUACGAAUCGUUGGUACUAUCGGACUACAUCGAGGAGGCGUACUCGGCGCAACAGCGCAAACUCUACCCAACGGAUGCAUUCCGCAAGGCACAGGACCGCAUUUUGAUCGAACGGUUCAAUGGUGCUGUUAUUUCGCCGUACUAUCGCAUCCUGUUCGCUACCGACGGCAUUCCACCGGGUGCGAUCACCGAGUUCGGCGCCGGGUUGGACAUCUUCGAGAAGGAACUGAAGGCACGGGGAACUCCGUACUUUGGUGGUGAUAAACCGGGCAUGAUCGAUUACAUGAUUUGGCCGUGGUGCGAACGGGUCGAUCUGUUGAAGUUUGCUCUCGGUGAUAAGUACGAACUAGACAAGGAACGGUUCGGUAAGCUGCUGCAAUGGAGGGACCUGAUGGAAAAGGAUGAAGCCGUCAAGGAAUCGUUCAUCUCCACCGAAAACCAUACGAAAUUCCUGCAGAGCCGUAAGAACGGGGAAAAUAACUACGAUAUCCUAUCAAAUGAAGCUAAAAAGCCACGUUUGGAAUAA